UAUUAUUAUUCGCUCGUCGUUCUGGGCUAAAAUGUGGCUAGCUGGUUAGCUCCCGGGGCUAGCUCGGUUUGUUUUUCCCCAUCGCUGUGCUGACGUCGCGCUCGGCUAUGGUCGUGGUGGCCAACGUCAUCGUGUCGCCAAAGGAGCUUCAAAGUCGCCCGAGGAGCAAAAGUUUUUGUGCGUGCUCGUCUGAAGUCUCGCUCAGGCCGACAUCUUGGGCAGACCUGAGCAGCGUCAGCGUCGGCGUCGGCGGAGCGCAGCGGAGCGGCUCACUCUCAGCGAGCUUCUUUCCGACCUCCUCGAAUCCAGAAGACCUCCGCCAACGUUUACAUUUGUCACCUGUGAACGUCACACCUCCCGGCCAGCGGCUGGCGGCCAUUCAGCACGACGACCACGACGACUCUUAAUAUGGUUUCCACGAGAAGAUUAUGCAAGGAGUUGGAGGAAGUCCGCCAAUCAGGGUUCCGAGAAUUCCGCAACAUCGAAGUGGACGAAUCCAACAUUUUGAACUGGCAGGCUCUCAUUGUUCCUGAAAGCCCCCCGUACGACAAAGGCGCAUUCCGGGUGGAGAUCAACUUCCCGACCGAGUACCCCUUCAAACCCCCCAGGAUCACCUUCAUGACCAAAAUCUACCACCCCAACGUGGACGAGAAGGGUCACGUGUGCUUGGCCAUCAUCAGUUUGGAGAACUGGAAACCCGCCACCAGAACGUCCCAAGUCAUCCAGUGUCUGAUCUCGCUGGUGAACGCGCCGCAGCCCGAACGCCCCCUGCGGGUGGAGCUGGCCGACGAGUACACGGCAGACCGAGCGCAGUUCAUGAGGAACGCCGAGGAGUUCACCAGGAAGCACGGCGAGACCCGACCCGACAACUGACUGGCCGGCACGCCGCCGGAACCUUCCCCCCGUCAGGCGUGACUCGACUUCUUGGUGACUAGUCAAGAUCAACGUCCUGAAAAAUGUCAUGUUUUUACCAAACAUGUUGAUUGCUUGUGAACUCUUGCUCAUGCCCUAUAAAUUUUAUUUAUUUUAUUCUCUUUCUAUGAAUCCUGCCUAGCAACAAUUGACUAAAGUGAGACUUUUUAAACAAAUGCCCAAAUGUGAAAUAUUUGUAUUUGGGUUUUUUUUUUU